CCUCUCUCACGUGACGCGGACGCUGCCAGCAUGGAAGGAGCGAGCGCGUGACAGCGGGAGAGGCAGAGCGCGCGGAGUCCGGGCACACUCUUCACCUCCAGAGCGAUGCAGUGACUCCGACUCUCAGACAACUGCAGUAGCAACGACAAAAAAAAAGUGAAAUUUGCAAAAUAUUACAACAGUGCAACGACAGAGGGGGCGGCAGAUGUUUCUUACGGCUGCAUUGCGUUCCCUGCGGAAAAUCAGAUGAAAAUUUAAUUUGUAAUGGGGAGUUACUGACGCUGAGCUCUGAAACACACAGCACUGUUUCUUCAAUUCGCUGAGGUUUUGUUUUUAUUACUGUACUGUAUUUUUGUUGAAUCAGUUGGAGCUUGGAAGGCAAAUGGUCUCAUUAAACCACAGUGAGCCACUGUGUAUUCCUGACCUGCUGACACCUUCGGGGAGUAACUGUAGUGGACAACAUGGCGAAUUGGCAUCAAGUACAUCAUUGCUGGAAGACGGUGGCAGUGAUGGAUGUAGCCCUCGAUCGUGUUCAAGCCCAGACUCCCAGGAUGCUAACUACAUCAGUGUCCACUCCAGCCUGCUGGAGAAAUAUAGCAUGAUGGGAAGGAUGUUGGUCUCAAAACUGGACCCGCAACAAACCAUAGCCUCUGAAGGCUGUUCCGAGGUGUUUGAGGCGCAGGUGAAAAUGCCUGACUUUAGCUCCACUUUGCCGGGGGACUUUAUUCCCACAUUAGAGGAAAUUGAAGAAUUCUUGAAAGAAAAAAUGGAAAUCGUCAAAGAUGGACUUGCGGAAAACAGUGCCACCACAGAAAUAAAAGUGGAGGUGAAAUCAGAAGCUUUGGGUGACUUUUCAUUAGAAUCCAAUGAAUGUUUUUUGUCAUCUUCAGACAGCACUGGGCUUGGAUCAGCUCCAGAGGUGACUGUCACAGCUGCGACUGGGAAUGUUCCCAUGAUUCUUCAGCUUCAGCCUGUCCACGUGCCUAGUGCAUGCCCAACCACACAAACUCCAAGCAGCGUCAAAUUGACUCAAUUAGUGGUUAAUGUCCAGGGCCAAGCCUUUGCCUUGGUGCCUCAGCGGGCACAGACUCCACCAAACAGUACAACCCGCCAGUUUGUAAAAAUUGCACCCCUGCCAAUAGCAGCCAGGUCUGUGGCUGUUGGUAGCUUGGUGAAUGUAGUUGAGGCCACCCAAAAGCUUCAGAAAUCAUCCUCUGCUGAUGUAAUCAGAGUGCAUAAGUGCUCAUUCCCGGGAUGUAACAAGAUGUAUACCAAAAGCAGUCAUUUAAAGGCCCACUACAGGCGUCACACGGGGGAGAAACCUUAUUCAUGCACUUGGCCAGAUUGUGGAUGGCGGUUUUCUCGUUCAGAUGAGUUAUCCAGACACAAACGCUCCCAUUCUGGAGUGAAGCCAUACCAGUGUCACAUCUGUGAGAAGAAAUUUGCCCGCAGCGAUCACUUAUCCAAACAUGUGAAAGUACAUCGGGGACUAAGAAAUGGCAGAAUAACUAGAACAGCCAGUUAACAUUUGGCUGUCCGUCUCCUUUUAUCGGAAAGUAUACCAGAGCCAUUGAACUGUAAAUGGAAUGUACAGAAGAUAACACAAUUAUUAAUAUGUGUCCGUAGUGGGAAUGGGUUUUAACACUCUGUUAGAAAAGUUAUUUCUCGAAGUAACAAAUGAAUUGCAUUUCUAAUGUAAAUUUUACUCAUCCUCACUUCAUGACUUCAGACAGGUUGGUUGGUUCAUAUUUAUCAUUGUAGUAUAGACUCUUUGGGCUGAUGAGAUGUCAGUGUAGAGAAAUCAGAGUCAAGGACUCCACAGGUAAAUAUAACAUGGAAUUGAUGAGAUAUAGAUGGGAGAUUUGAGAAUUUCUUUAUGCAAUAAGUUGUUUAUAAUUUGGAAUUCCUGAAAGGGUGUAGAUUCACAAGUAGCUUUCAAAAGAAAAAGGUUGAAUGAGUAUCUGAAGAAGAGAAAAUGAUAGUGAAGGAACAACUUUGUGUGAAUAAUUUGGAUAAGUGUUUAAAGAGCUGGCACAGGCAGGAUGAUCUGAAUGCUCCCCUCUGUGCUGUAGAUACGAUAGUUUAUUAGUAACUCAGCCAAUUCCAUAAUCAAUUGUUCCCCUGAGAUGCAAACAGCAAGGCAACAAUUGUGAAGGUUAACACACAGGCACUUCAAGAGUAUUGUGCAUGCAAGGGUUCACUGCUCGCAAUCCAUAGGAUUAGCGUUUAAGUUCAAUAAUAGAUGGUCACUACUGGAGAAGCAUAAAAGAAUAAUAGGUUGCGAAAUUGAAUUCCAAAUAUCGGCUCAUUUUCAGCUAGUGUCUGGAAUAGUAAACUGUAUUCUAGCUUACACAUGACUGCAGUUUCACACUGUGCUGUGGCUCGUCCUAGGAUGGAUGUGUUGUCCCGGUCAAAGUAGUGUCCUUCCUCAUCUGUUUGUAAAGGUACUAGUUUGUCCGACAUACAUUGGAAAAACAGGCAGAAAACUAGCCACCAGGAUACAUGAACGUCAACUCACCACAAAAAGACAUGACUCAUUCUCAC